CAGAGCCUUCGCCGCAGUAGGUUCUUCCGGUCAGCGCGGAGUGAGUCUUUGGCGGCGGAGUGAGUGGAGCUCGGUUCAGCUGUUUGUGGUUGAAGAUGGCGUCGUGUGGACGUGUUCAGCUGCUGCUGCUCUUCAUGUCUCUCUGCCUUCUCAGCGUACGGUCUCUUAAACCUCUUCCAGGUUUCGGGAAUGUCCAUCCUCCGGCUGCCGCCAUGCACCAGCAGUUCAGAGCCGCGAUACCGAAUCCAGGGAAUAACGCCGUCGCCGCCGCCGCGUCCUCCGGUGCUCAGUCUAAAAGAUCCACCGGCUGGAAGCUGGCAGAAGAGGAGGCCUGCCGGGACGACGUGACCAGGCUCUGUCCGAAACACACCUGGACAAAUAACCUGUCCGUACUGGAAUGCCUGCAGGACAAGAAGGAGGACACAGAGAUUGCUGCAGACUGCAACCAUCUGUUGUGGAACUACAAGCUGAAUCUGACCACAGAUCCGAAGUUUGAGUCCGUGGCGCUGGAAGUGUGUACGAGCACCAUGCUAGAGCUGAAAGAGUGUGCAGAUGAGGAGCGGGGGAAAGGCUAUCUGAUGUCCUGCCUGGUGGACCACCGCGCCAACAUCACAGAACGCCAGUGCCAUCAGUACAUCACUAAGAUGACCAGCAUCAUCUUCAGCGACUUUCGGCUCAUAUGUGGCUUUAUGGACAAAUGCAGAGAAGACAUCAACACCCUGCAGUGUGGAAGCAUCGCAGUUGGAGAAAAAGACCUGCAUUCCCAGGGUGAGGUGAUUGCGUGUCUUGAGAGGGCUCUGGUCCGGGAAGCAGAGCAGCAGGAUAAAGCUCGUCAAAUCAAGGAUGCCUGCAAAAAGUCCAUCAUGAGAGUGGCUGAACUAUCAGCAGACGACUUCCACCUCGACCGCUACCUCUACUUUUCCUGCCGAGAUGACCGCGAGCGCUUUUGUGAGCAUACCCAGGUGGGAGAGGGCAGAGUGUACAAAUGCCUGUUCAACCAUAAAUUUGAGGAAGCAAUGUCAGAAAAGUGCAGAAACGCCCUGACCACUCGGCAAAAGCUCAUUGCUCAAGAUUAUAAAGUCAGUUACUCCCUCGCGAAGGCCUGUAAAGCAGACUUACGCAAAUACCGCUGUAACCCAGACAGCAGCAUGCCUCGCGCCCGAGAGGCCAGACUCUCCUACCUCCUCCUCUGCCUGGAGUCUGCUGUUCACAGAGGCCGUACAGUGACCGGAGACUGUCAGGGUGAGAUGCUGGACUACAGACGCAUGCUAAUGGAAGAUUUCUCUCUGAGUCCUGAGAUCGUGUUGCAUUGUCGAGGAGAGAUCGAGGCGCACUGCUCAGGACUGCACCGCAAGGGACGCACCCUGCACUGCCUCAUGAGAGUCACCCGCGGGGACAAGGGCACGGUGGACAACCUCUGUCAGACAGCACUCCAGACUCUUAUCCAGUCAGCAGACCCUGGUGCUGAUUACCGGAUUGAUCGUGCUUUAAAUGAAGCCUGUGAGUCUGUGAUCCAGACGGCCUGCAAACACAUCCGCAGCGGAGACCCUAUGAUUCUGUCUUGUUUAAUGGAGCAUCUUUACACAGAGAAGAUGGUUCAAGACUGUGAACACCGUCUUCUGGAGCUGCAGUACUUCAUUUCAAGAGACUGGAAGCUUGAUCCUAUCUUAUACCGUAAAUGUCAGAACGACGCGUCCAGACUGUGUUACACCCCGGGCUGGAACGAGAGCAGUGAGCUGAUGCCUCCUGGCGCUGUGUUCUCCUGCCUCUACCGCCACGCUUACCGGACAGAAGAGCAGGGCAGACGGCUCACCAGGGAUUGUAAGGUGGAAGUCCAGAGAGUUCUUCACCAGAGAGCUCUGGAUGUGAAGCUGGACCCUGAGCUCCAGAAACGCUGCUUGACUGACCUGGGCAAAUGGUGCAGUGAGAAGACCGACACCGGACAGGAGCUGGAGUGUCUUCAGGACCAUCUUGAGGACCUGGUGUCAAACUGCAGAGAUGUGGUGGGCAACCUGACAGAACUGGAAUCUGAGGACAUUCAGAUUGAAGCCCUGCUGAUCCGAGCUUGUGAAGCGGUCAUCCAGAGCCACUGCCACGACGUAGCUGAUAAUCAGAUAGACAUGGGGAAUCUUCUGGAAUGCCUGGUGCAGAACAAACAUCAGAGGGAAAUGAAUGAUAAAUGUGCUGUGGGCGUCACUCAUUUCCAGCUGGUUCAGAUGAAGGACUUCCGCUUCUCCUACAAGUUCAAAAUGGCCUGUAAAGAGGACGUACUCAAACUCUGUCCCAACAUUAAGAAGAAGGCGGAUGUGGUCAUCUGUUUGAGCACCACGGUGAGGAACGACACUCUACAGGAUGUGAAAGAUCAGCGUGUGUCUCUCAAAUGUCGGAAACAGCUGAGGGUGGAAGAGCUGGAGAUGUCGGAGGACAUUCGACUGGAGCCAGAGCUGCACGAUGCUUGUAAGAAGGAUAUCAACAAGCUUUGCUCCUCUGUAGCCUAUGGAAAUGCUCAGAUCAUUGAGUGCCUCAAAGAGAACAAGAAGCAGCUGACCCCGGUGUGUCAUCAAAAGAUCUUUAAGCUUCAGGAAACUGAAAUGAUGGAUCCAGAGCUGGACUAUCAGCUCAUGAGAGUGUGCAAGCAGAUGAUCAAGCGUUUUUGCACCGAGUCGGAUGCUAAGAGCAUGCUGCAGUGUCUGAAGCUGAACAAGAACAGCGAGCUAAUGGAUCCCAAGUGUAAGCAGAUGAUCACCAAGAGACAAAUCACUCAGAACACAGACUACAGAUUGAACCCAGUGUUGAGGAAGGCUUGUAAAGCAGACAUACCCAAGUUCUGUCAAAGCAUACUCAGUAAAGCCAGUGAUGCCAAUGAACUGGAGGGUCAAGUCAUAUCCUGCCUCAAACUCAAGUAUGCAGACCAGCGGUUGUCAGGAGACUGUGAGGAUCAGAUCAGAGUGAUUCUUCAGGAGUCAGCGCUCGACUACCGGCUCGAUCCACAGCUCCAGGUUCACUGCAGGAAUGAGAUCACGCGGCUGUGUGCAGAGGAAGCUGCUGCGCAGGAACAGACGGGUCAAGUGGAGGAGUGUCUGAAGAACAACCUACUGAAAAUUAAACAGGAGGAGUGCAAGACGGAGGUGUUGAACAUGCUCAAAGAAAGCAAAGCAGACAUAUUUGUGGAUCCAGUCUUGCACACGGCCUGUGCUCUGGAUUUGAAACACCACUGUGCAGCCAUCAACCCUGGAAGAGGCAGACAAAUGUCCUGUUUGAUGGAAGCUCUGCAGGACAAGCAGGUGCGUCUGCAGCCUGAAUGUAAGAGAAGAUUACAGGACCGCAUCGACAUGUGGAGCUAUGCAGCGCAGGUGGCACCAGCUGAAGGUUUCUCAGACCUCGCUGCUCAAGUCAUGACGUCACCUUCGAAGAACUACAUCCUGCUCAUGAUUGCGCUGGCCGUGUCCAUCCUGUUCCUCGUGGGGCUGCUGUGUGGCCGCAUCACCAAACGUGUGACCAGAGAGCUGAAAGACAGGUAGAGCGAGGGUGCCGCCCAUCCACCAGUUCACGCAUCAUUUCCUGUCCUCGCUGUUCUCUGGGAUCCGUCAGUGGCCACUGAAGCCCACCUCAAUCCAAACAUACAACCUUUGAAACGCUUCUCAGACAGGAUCAAGAUCGUUUUGGGACAUUAUGCCUUGAGAACGUGUUUUUUAUUUUUGUUUUCGAGAGUGACAGCCUUACUUCUUGACUGUAAUAUGAUCAUGUGUCAAUGCAGAAUUUUUAUCGUUGUAUCUUAUUCCAUUUUUUGAGAAUGAUGGGGCUUUAUCAGCAGCUUACAUGAAAAUUCUAAAGCCAUCUUAUAUUUGUUUUCUAAACCACAAGGUGGAAUUCACUUCAGGUGGGAUUAGUUUUGGGGUGUCUGCUGAAUGUUUUGGCACUGGAGAGGGAAGAUGUUUUCUCUAGUCUAAUAUGAUGAACUCGAAUGAUCUUGAGAUGAAACGCUGAUCUUUAUUAGUCCAGACAACGACGUUUAAGAUAUGUUAGACAUCAAUGCUAAACUUGCAAAGUAUGAUAUAUUACUAGAUGGUUUGGUCAUCAAGGGCAGAGACAAACAGAAUAAUAUUAAACAUGUCUUUGAGUGAAUCUCAUUGAAACAAGUCCAUGCACUAUAUAAAUAUAUAUAUAUAUAUAUGAUAAUGACAACUCCCCAUGACAACUUUCACUUUAGUUAUUUUUUCAAUUCUCAUUAUUUGCUAUCAUUUUUUUAAUUGCCAUAAUACAAUUUAUUUAAUUCAACAAAGGCAGUACAACAGAAUAAAAUAAUGCUAUGUCAUAAUUUUCUUUAAGCACAAUUUGUUUUCUUUUUGGUCUGAAAUAUGACAAACAUGGUCUUGGACUGGUUUUGUGAGAUUCCCCUACUGAUAUGAGAAUUAGAAACAUCUGGUUUGCACAUUAAUAAUGCGUUAGACAUUAAAUGAUUCAUAUACGAAGAGUGUGAAAUUCGAACAGACCUGUAGCUCUGUCAGAAAGUUUCAUGUUAAAGAUGGUUUGAUUGUCCAGAGCCAAGUUUGCUGCGGACCAACAUUGUGACAGACAGGACUGUAUACCCUGUGAGAUGAGGUACUUUGAAUGUUCACAGGACGACUGCACUUUUUUGGUGUUUUGUUUUGUUUGGCUUAAGCCUUAUUUAUUGUUUACAACAAAUGUGCUGAUCUUGGUUUUAAAUGUGCGUGCCUCUGUGCGUGCAAGCGUGUGUGUGUAUAGAAACUUAUUUCACUGCUAUGAAAUUGCCUUUUCUCUUUCUCUGUCAUACCAGUGAAAGGAAACAUUCAUUAGUCCCCAUGGAUGGCGGCUCUGUAUUUUUUCAAAGCUGAACCCACAGACAUCUCUAUUAUGAAAAGGAAUUACAUACUUGUCUUUUUAAUGCGUUAUUAAGCUACCCUGACAAUAACUGUGAUGAUUAUAUGCAUAACGUUUGCUAAAUACAAAAGGUUUUUCUAAAAGUUGAUGCAUGCUUUUUGUCCUCAGAUCUCAUUCUGUAUAACCUCAUAUCUGCUUUGCUUUGGGAAAAACUAAUUGGGCAAUUCUCAUGAAAUCCUGUUCAGGUAAAAUUUUACGCCAAAAUCAAAAGACAAAAUUGUUUUUAAUGACACUAUUUUUACAGAUAAACCAGUUGUAAUGAAAUAUAUACACAUGAAAUAUGAUCAAAAUUUCACCUCAAAUUAAAAUUAAAAAAUAAUAAUACAAAACACACUUUGCACUAUUAUUUAGGUGAUAUUUAUUUUCUUGACAAAAGCUGUACCACUACAGAGAAGUUGUCUAUGGAUUCAGUUGUCUAAAUCCAUGCACAUUGGUGUGUGCGGUCUCUCAAGGACUGUGCAAAGCUCCAUGGAACUAAUUUAUCCACUGUCCUUGUAUUAAAGGGAUCCUUCACCCAGAAAUGAAAAAUCUGUCAUCAUUAUUCACUUUCAUUUUGUUCCAAACCAAAUCUUAUGCAUUUAGUUUUUCUGCUCAACACAGUAUUUUGAAGACAUUUCAUUUCGAGAUAACUUAUUGUAUUUUUGUCCAUACAAUGGAAGUCAAUGGGUAACAAAACAGUUUAGUUACAAACAUUCUCGCGUUUCACUGAGAGGUUUGACACAACAUUGAGUGCGAGUAAAUUCAUUUUCAUUUCUGAGUGCACUGUCCCUUUAAUAGAUUCACAAAUUUGGGAACAGAUUUGUACAUAUUUUGCUUUGGAGCUGGAUAGGCCACCGGUGCACUGCUUACCUCUAGCAUUGAUGACCUCAAUGUUAUUCUGUAAAUAAUAAUCUAAUGUGAAAAUCACAGACUGUCCCAGAUUUCUGCUUGAUUGAAAUUUGGACUGUAAAACUCUACUGAUCCUAUGAUCAUGUUUGACUAUAUAUUGUAGAUAAGUAAAUGUUAAAAGUUACGUUAUUCCAAAUAUAUUUCUGCCAGUUCAUGUUUUUUGAGACUGGUCAUGAUGGUCUGUUUUGGUUUGACUGAAUCAUUCUUUUUAGUUUCUUUAGUAUUUUACAUAUAACUGGUUUAUAGUGGGUUUUUAUCAAACGUAUAAAUCACAAAGCUGAUAGUUAUGAGUCAUAUAUCUGAACUCAGAGUGAGCCUGUGUUCUGUUUGGUCUGGACUCUACUAGUUUGGAAAAUAAGUGAUCCUUAAACAGUUUUGGAGGAGGUGCAUGGAAUAUCAAGUCUUUCCAAUGCUUACAACUAGUAUACUUGCUUUCUCCUUUAAGAAAAAGUUUUUUUUUAUAUACCUUUUUUCUCAUUUUUUUUUUUUUUUUUUUUAUUGUGCACAAUUCAUGUUGCCAGAGAUUUUGGAUUCAGGCAAAAAAGAUUUUUGUUGUUUAUUUGUGUCUUUGUGUUGAGGAGCAUCUUUUGAAGCCACUAGCAAAAGCAAACUCUGGACACUGACAUUGCAGAUCAUAGUUCAGAGCCAGAGAUGAUCCUUUCUCUGCUCCUUUGGACUUCAACGCGGCUCCAAUGUCUGUCAUGUUUCACAUGAACAGCAAAUGGACUAAACAUCGUAAAAGGUUAUGGCUGUGAUAUUUGCUCAGUUUCUUCAUUUUACCAUGUAACAUUGUGACAAAUCAGACUUUUUGUUGGUUUCCCUAAUUCUGUACAGAUGAAUUAUCAGUUUAAUAAAAUGCUUUAGGUUUUCUUAGCA